AUGUCGGGAGAUCUAAGAGUCCCGAUGCUUCCAGAUCAAGCGGUAAUUUGAGUGUAAUUUAUAAUAUUAAGGAAAUUUUAUAUUUUUCCAGCAAAAAAUAUCGGAUAGUAUAACAACAUUCAUCGAGUUUCAGAAAAAAUUUGAAGAAAUUCUGCGCAGAAUGAAAAAUGAACCUAAUGAAAGACGGCAGAUGCUUGUUACCAUUAUCAUUAAACUCAGAACGUUCAUUCAACACAUGGAAUAUGUUUUGUAUAAUGCUGCAACCGACUUCGAUUUUGAUGUGAGUAUGAUUUGUUCUACAAAGUUAUCGCAAAUCAAUAUGUACUUUAAUUUUGCUCUUACAAAUUGCAGCACAUUUCGGCUUGUUAGCCUAAUAAUAAUGUCGUCCGAAAAGGUUUUUCUGAAAUCAGUUUUUUUUCCAAAAACCAAUUAUUAAAAAGAUUAACUGUGGAAAUUUUAUUAUCGCCUUGCAUAAUUAUAUUGUGAAUUUUUCAGGAAUUGGUGGAAUCAAUCACUUCGAACACAGCAUUACUUCAAAAUUCCUUGGAACAUUUGUCUCGAUUUGGCACCUCAGAAUUUGAUAUUGCAGCAUAUGAAAAAUCUCUUGAGUUUUUCAAAAAGUAG